AUGCUCUCCUCUUUUCCAGCGGCAUUGAAUUCAACUUCGGCUAUUUCGAAUCCUUCUUCAACACAAGCCCCCGCUGCCGAUUACUUCCACUUCAACGAUCAGGAAAGAAGUUGCCAGUUCUCCAGCUCGUUUUCCAUCCGCGCCAUUUUGUCUUCUUCGCCCACCUCUCCAUCAAUGCAGUCACUUCCUUCUUCCAUUUCUUAUCGCCAGUUGCUGCUCGCGGGGGAUUCUGGCCCUUUUGAUUAUUCGGCUCAAUUUCCUCACUAUCAUUGCUGUCAUAACGGAGCAUGCGCUGUCAAUUGGCAAUCAGACAUGGGUAGGUGUGACCAGAUUCUUCAGUUUCUAUCUACACUCUUUUUAUACCUAUUUACACCUUUUGCCAUUCUGCCUCCUGCCUACCUAGUUAUUGAAGGAAAUUAAGGGUAGUGUGCUUUUGGGGUUGAAAAGUUUGUUGCUUUUUCAAUUUCUAUUUUACCCAAACUUCUUGGAAAUUUUCCAUAUUAACUUUAACCGAAUUCUUCAGUCGUAUCAUUGUGUCUCACGGGUAACUGAAAAAAAAAAGCAAACUUAGUUUUAUUUGCCAAGACAUUUACUCUCGACAACGGAAGCACUGCGAUAAAGGUCUAAAUAACUUCACUGCAGAAAAAGUAGCCUAAGUUUCAAUGGGCAGAAAACGAAAAUAAUCAAGCGAAGCCGCAGUUAUUGUGAUUGAAACUUGACCAAACAGUUGCUGUCUUGUAGAAUCAACCAUCAAACGAGGUGAUGAUAAGAAAGAUAAGCGAAAACCCAACAAGAGAUCCCGAACGAUUUUCACGCCUGCGCAGCUGGAGCGAUUGGAGAACACUUUCUCUAGGCAGCAGUACGUGGCAGGAGAAGAACGCCGUAAUCUUGCUACUGCGCUUCAGCUGACAGAGACUCACGUCAAAGUUUGGUUCCAAAACAGGAGGAUCAGGUUUAGAAGACAGGCCAACCAACAGUCAGACGUAGCAGAAACUACAAAGGACUAA